AGGGCUGGAGCGAUGGCCCGGGUUUGGAGCCCGCGGCCGCCGCCGCCACCACCACCACCAGCAAGUUUGGAGCAGCUGCGGCUGCAGCCGGAGUGGGGGCCGGAGUCGCGGCUGGAGUGGAGGCGGUGCGUGUGAGUUGCCCAGAGUCGCCAGAACACCUCUAACUCGGCGGGAGCGCUUCAGGUGGGCUGAGCCGCCGUCGUCCCUCCGCACCGCACUACCCUCCCGGCCCAGACAGCAGGGCUGGGGUCUCCCAGGUGCGGGACUGGCCGUUGGCAAGCUGAGCCCUCUGAGCCGUGUUCUAGGACUUCCUCAGUCUCGGGCCCCUUCAAACUCAAGGCGGAGGCCGGAGAACGGUGAUCACCCCAAGACCCGGUCCUUUUCUUUGGCGCCCAAGCUGUGUCGGGUUGUAGCGGCUUCGAUCCCUCUUCUGCUGCCACCUCUCCAGCUAGGGAGCGACUAGCGCGUUCUCACUGUUCAGCUCUGCACCUCCCCUUCUUCUCCCGUCAAGAACAAGUUUCUUUUCGCUCUCUGCUGGAAGUCCUGCCCCGGAAGGCCAAAACACCCAUCUGCGUGUCCUUCCCCAGCUCCCGGAACACACUUAGAAAUAUAACCUACCUAUUGGGAGAUAAAGAUUGCUUUCCUUGCCACCCGCUUAUCUGAAACCACAUGCCCAGAGCCUUACCCAUUUUUAUCACCAACUCCUUGGCCAUCUCUAUGUGACCUCCCCCACCCAUCUGAGUACCACUUUCCUCUGGACUCCAGGCUCUAGCCCCCAGCGGAUCUGGUCAGUCCCACCCCUGGGUGGGAGUGACCCAGGGCUCUAGCCCAGAUUCCCCACCCUGGAAGGCAGCUCCAAGGCAGCGAGAGAAUUGGGCGUCGGGUACGACCCUGGCAGCUCAGGAGUGGGUGCACCACUCACCCCACACAAAAAGAUGAAGAAGCGCAAAGAGCUCAAUGCAUUGAUCGGCUUGGCUGGGGACAGUCGGAGAAAGAAGCCCAAGAAAGGCUCAGGCCACCGCCUCCUUCGCACUGAACCUCCUGACUCAGACUCUGAAUCCAGCUCUGAAGAGGAAGAGGAAUUCGGCUUAGUUGGAAAUCGCUCUCGCUUUGUCAAGGGAGACUAUUUACGAUGCUGCAAGAUCUGUUAUCCCCUCUGUGCUUUUGUCAUCCUUGCCGCCUGUGUUGUGGCCUGCGUUGGCUUGGUGUGGAUGCAAGUUGCCCUGAAGGAGGAUCUGGAUGCCCUCAAGGAAAAAUUUAGAACAAUGGAAUCUAAUCAGAAAAGCUCAUUCCAAGAAAUUCCCAAACUUAAUGAAGAACUACUCAGCGAACAAAAGCAACUCGAGAAGAUUGAAUCUGGGGAGCUAGGCUUGAACAAAGUCUGGAUAAACAUCACAGAAAUGAAUAAGCAGAUUUCCCUGUUGACUUCUGCAGUAAACCACCUCAAAGCCAACGUUAAGUCAGCUGCAGACUUAAUUAGUCUGCCUACCACUGUAGAGGGACUUCAGAAGAGUGUAGCUACCAUUGGCAACACUUUAAACAGCGUCCAUCUUGCUGUGGAGGCAAUACAGAAGACUGUGGAUGAACACAAGAAAACCAUGGAGUCACUGCAGAGUGACAUGAAUCGGCACUUCUUGAAAGAGACCAGCGGAAGCAACCAGCUCAUUCCAUCACCUUCAACUUCAUCAGAAUUUGACAAUAAAACCUACAGUGAGAAUUUGAAACAGGACAUCCUGUACCUUCACAACUCUUUAGAGGAGGUAAACAGUGCCCUAGUUGGGUACCAGAGGCAGAAUGAUCUUAAACUCGAGGGGAUGAAUGAGACAGUCAGUAACCUUACCCAGAGAAUCAACUUGAUAGAAACAGAUCUUGCUGUGAGCAAGGUAGAAAAGCAAGCGAACCUGUCCCUCAGCAUGAUGGAUGAAAGAGCCACCACUCUGAAAAGAGAAUCCUUGCAUCAAGUGACCCACAAACCAGAUACAUUAAAAAUCCAAAGCAUCAAGAAAGAAGAUAGUUCAGAUUCUCAAGUAUCCAAGCUAAGAGAGAAACUGCAGCUGAUCAGUGCUCUCACAAACAAACCUGAGAGCAACAGGCCUUCAGACACUGCUGACAAAGAGCAAGUACAGAGUUUCACAUCAAAGCCGUCAGCAUCGCCAAAAUUUCCACAGUCUCUUGGAGGUCAAACUGAGAAAGCUGCCCAGCUAAGACCUAUUGCCCUACCAGGAAUUUCUAGCAUUGAAGAUCUUCAGGAUUUAUUCCACAAGACUGGCCAGGACAUGGAUGGGAAGCUGACCUACCAGGAAAUCAGGAACUCCUUAGGUUCUGCUGUGCCAGAACUUGAGACUUUGAGAGCGUUUGAUUCUGAUGACGAUGGAAAAUACUCUUUCCUGGAGCUAAGGGUAGCUUUAGGUGUCUAGCCUCAUCAGGCAUAUUUUAGAAAUGGGUAUAUACCCAGGACUACCUAACAUCUACUCACCUAACACAAACAACCCUUUUACUUACCCAUCGAUCCUCCAGUCCUCCAGACUACUGUAGCAGACACAUUGCCACCUUUUAACUUGUUUGAAAAGCUAUAAAGAAAAGUUAUUUUUUUAAAAAAGGCCAUUUUACCUAUAUGAUAUUCAGAAAUCUAUGAUUUCCUAAAGCCAAUAAGAUCUUAAUUUCAAAAUUGCCAGGAAAAAAAAGUCAGGCCCUCUUUUUCUUUUCUCUUUCCUUUUUAAAUUUUUUUUUUUUUUUCCUUAGGGGAAGGAGACCUCUUUUAAAACUGGAAAAUGUGUAUAUAGAGAGACUAAGCCACCUUUUAUAUUUCACAUAAAUUUGCCUUAAAUUAGCUGCACUUUAUACAGACUCAGAAAAUGUCUUUCUUUUAAAAGCUAGACCUUUUCUGUUUGUAAAUAUUUAAAAUGAAAGAAAGAAUUGUGCAUAUUUUGUGGGACGUCAGAAGAAUGGCUUGAAACAGGCUGUGAACAAAUGACUUGUUAUUAAAAAUCACUAAUGUGGUAACAGUAAAACUAUGUCCAUGUCUCCUUAAGGUACCUCCUUCAGGUGCUGCUGUGGGGUUUGGCCUGGAAGCUGGAGGACCAGAUUUGGGGAGGUGACCCUGUCAGGACUGUGCUGCCUCUAGGCUCAGGAAAGUAAGAGUCUGGCUCUUUGUUGCUGUAUCCUCAGCUGAUCCCAACCUGUGAACCAGACAAGUCUUGUUGGGGGUUUUUCUCACUUUUAAUCCUUUUUCAGGGUUUAUGAGCAUAAACAGUUCUGCAGUGGGGAACUGCAUUUUCCCCACUGAGUGAGCUACGUUGUCUUCCCCCACCCACCCACUCAACCCUCUCUCAGCUGUAGCUGGCUGCCACCUCUGGCCCAGCCUCCAUUCUGAACGGCAGGUCUGUGCUCCUCCACUCACUGUCUCUACCUGGCUACCCAGGAGGGGCUUUAGGGGAUAGCUUUGCCCCUAAUUGUAACCCAGGAAACCCCUUGACAUUUCGCCUGGAGGCUUACCCAAGAAGAACUUUGUAUGUUCUUCUGUGGGCUCUGCUGUGAAAUGCAGCGCAUGAAAUCAGAUCAGAUUCCCUUACAGUUGUCAACUCAAGGAGCUAGAGGCAUUCCGUCCAGAGGAUGCCGAACAGUAUCAAGCAGAGGGCAUCACAUGAUGGUAGCAAGUUUUUUCAAAUCUCAUAACAAGCAUGUGCAAUACUCUUCCCUUUAAAUACUCCAUGGGUCUGGUACAAAAGGUCCCCAGACUGGAAGGAACCACAUCUCCAUGUCACCUGUGUGUGUGUGUGUGUGUGUGUGUGUGUGUGCACGCGCGCUGUGCUGUUCUUAGAAACAGGCCUUGGGCAACACAAAAGGAAGAACUUUGUGGAACUUAACUGUUCUGUAGACCAAGUCAGGAAGAAACUAGAGCUUUCAUGGCACAGACUUCUUUAGUAGAGCUCGUUUCCAUUUUAACUUCGUCCAAGUUGCCCUGUUACCCAGGGAUGCCAUUGAGCACCUUUAAACAUUUAAGGGCUGUUUUUUUCUUUAUGUGGUGUUCAGUUUAGUGUUGACUUUUUUUUUUUUUCCUGAAAGGAUGAACAUUUAGUUAAAGCAAGAUGAAGCCUUUUCCCAUGAAUGUGUCUGCUUACCUCACUAUGGCUUGUGUUUCUAUUAAAAAAAAAAAAAAAAAAUUUUUUUUUUUUUUUUUUUUUUGCCUAUUGAGCUCUUUCUCUUUCUUAGAAAGGUUAAAAUAAAAUUAGCCUGGCACUUUAGGUAACUUGAAGACAACUCUUUUUCUUCUGGCUGCCUUCCAUGAACACCCCCUCCCCUUUUAAAUAUAUAUACCCUUACAGAUUUUGUAACAACCAAAUAAAAUUCUAGCAAUAAAUUGAAUUAUACUCCUAUAUUUGUAUAUACAGUACUAUAAAUAGUAUGUCUGUACCUGGAAGGUAUUUUUUUGAGAACUGAUUUAUAUGAAAUAUACUUGAGGGUAAUGUAGCUUGUCCAUUUUAGUUUCAAAUUCUUAUUCAUAGGCAGAUACUCUGAGGACCCCUUAACUCUUUGUGGUCUGUACUUUUCUUUUGUAUCAGAUAGCUCCACCUGGAGAAUUCAGUUUUGUUUUUCAGUUUCUCUGCUGUUUGCCCCACCUCAAGCUCAUCUGGCUCUCAUGGUCCUGAAGCCCGCUGGACUUCCUGUCGCCUUUGGCAGAGGUGUUCCGGCCACACUCUCAAGACUGUGAAUAUCCUUGCCGUGCCACUGCCCUAGCUUCCAGGCAGAAGGAGGGCAUCUGGAACUCUUGUUCCAGGUUGAGGAGACUCAUUGGCUUAAAGAGUUUGACGAACCUAUUCUUCAGUGACAAUUUGGGAGUUUUCUUUGGAAGUUGUCUUAACUUCCCUAACCUGUAACUUUUGAGCUGUACUCAAGCCUCUUUGCCUCAUGUCUCAGCUCUGAGAGGAAGAUUGGGUUUUGGUGUUUGUUUUAAAUACUUUUACCUUUUCAUCCUGGCAGCUCCUCCUACUGCUUUCCUAAGUGACCCAAAGCAUGGCUUCUCGGUCCUUUUUUUUUUUUUUUUUUGCCUGUACUCUCUGGGAUAAUGUUUACUUCAAGAGCCUCCUUAGAAAUCAGAGGACCAAAAAGGUCUUCUAGGAAGAGAAGAGUCAAAGGAGUAGAGAACCUGACUUAGGGGAAAGGUAGCAUCCUCUUAAGGGCAGAGAGGGACCUGGCACUUAGGACAGGACACCCUACACCUGCGGCCAUUUCCUCAUUUUAAUUUGCUUUGCUGGAUGGAACUCCGAUGCUCCCACAUGCCACUGCUGGUCUUGCCGGUCACAGUUGAAGACUUUGACUGUGAUGGGCUCAUACUCAUAAUGGGCUGCUGUUGAGUUGUUUUUAGUGACAGCUUUUGUUUGCUACACACCUCAUUGGCUUACUUACCAACACCAGCUAGAUGUGGUCCCUUCUUUCGUAUCCAAACCAGAACACAUUUGGGUAUUCCUGAGACUUUAUAGAGUGUGUAUUGUUAUAUGAACCUAACCUACCUUGUUGUUUUCUCAUAUUAAGAAAUGUAAAUCUACUUUGCUUUAGCGGAGCUAUUUUGGUAAUGUCUGAGCAAUUUUGGUUCUUUGUGGAGAGUGAAUUCAAGGUGUCUGUGACUUGAGCUUUGCUUAUUUCAUAUCAGUAAUACAGCUAAUUUAUCUAAAUAAAACAUUUCCUUUUUCUCCCA